CCAUACAGUAUGUGCCUCUCCACCAAAAGCUUGCGCAUUGAUUGACGAAAGCGGAAAUAAAGCCGCUCUUCUGGCUGUAUGGCGUUAGGUAAAGCUUAGUGUUUAACACAAUUCAGUUGUGUUUAUUUUAACGCGUUUAGUGUCGACAUGGAGAAGGACCCGGAUGCAGAGUGUGGCAGCUCCUCUUCCUGUGUGGCCAAUGGGAAGUCUAAGCUUGACACAUUGUCCAAAGAUGAUCUCAUUAAAUUUGCAAAAAAGCAGAUGGCUGCAAUGCAGAAGUUAAAGUUAAAGUGUACAGAUUUAGAAGAGAAAGUUGAAGCAAUGAAGACUAUUAAAGGUGAUACUUCCAAUGAUUCUGUAAUACAGGAGCUGACUGAGAGAAUGGAUGCUGUAUUGCUUGAGAAAGCAGAGACUCAACAGAUGCUUGUGUUAAUGCGCAAAGAAAAUGAAAAGCUGAGAAACCAAAGUGAAGAGUCAAUAGCGACAUUGGCUGCUCUCCAGAAGAAACUAGAUCAUUCUGAAAAAGACAACACUGAAAAGAUAAAGCUUAUGGAAGAACAGAUUGAAAACACAGAAACAAAGUACAGAGAUGAAUUGGAGUUUUUUAAAAAAAUGUCAAAUGAAAAUGAAGAAAUCCAGAGAUGUAGACUUCAGGAAGACUUCAAUUCUCAAAUUCAAGCAAUUCGUCAAGAAUAUGAGAGCAAAAUAUCUGAUUUGGAGCAGAGUUUGGAAUUGUCUGAAAAAGAAUGGAUAACAGACAAGGAAGCUCUUAAAGAAACUCACCAGAAAACUCUCCUAAAAACCCAAGAAGAUUUUGACAGUUUUAAGGAGAUGAUUUCAAGGCUGAACAAACAGCAUGAAGAUGAGGUCAGAUAUUUGGAAGAACAGCUUGAAAUCAAUGCUGCAGAUUUUGAUAUGGAGAGGGAGAGGCUGUUGCUGGUCCAGGAAGAGCUAUCAGAACAAAUAGCACUUAAAGAAAGCUAUCUCCAGGAUGUUCAAGAGGAAGAAGAAGACCUCCACAGAAGGACCCAAAAGCCAUCAGAAUUGCUUAAGACAUUGGAUUCCUCAAGUUUAGAAGGCCCAGAGAAUGAAAUGGACAAAUUGAGAUUAAAUCUACUGGAUUUACAGUCAGAAAACACAAUGAUUAAAGAGGAACUCACAUUCCUCACCAAUGUAAAGACUGAGCUUGAGGGUGAUCUGAAACAUUUAAAGGAGGAGUUCAGCAUGGAAAGGGAAGAACUGGAGUUCAAAAUUAAUGAAUUGCAAAUGACUAAAGAAGAAGGUGAGAUUUGCCCUGAAAAAGAGGUUAAUUACCUAAGUGCAGCAAAAACUAUAUGUUUUGAAGAACAUGAUCGGAUUCUUCAUGAAAUAAAUGUGUUGCACAAAGCUGAAAUGGAAAAACUAGAGGCUUGUCUCAUUUCCAAUAAUGAACGUGAAAAAGAAGUGAUGGUUCAAGCAGCACAAGAUCUGCAAAACACAUGCAAGAAGCUUUCUGAGGAGAACAAGGCUAUUACCACUGAAUAUGAACACACAAAAGAAAUUCUGAGAGACUUUGAGAUGGACCUUGGAGAUAGAACAUCUGACUUUGUGAAGAAAUACAAUGCCAUGAAGGAACAGGCAGCAGUUUCAAUUCAGGAGCUGGAGGAAAAGCUCAGAGAGAAGAAUAGUGUAAUAGAGAAAUUAGAGCAAAAGUAUUUAGAGCAAACUCAGGAUAAAUCCUGCAAUACUUCAGCCAAGGUCUUUCCUGUGUCAAUGGAGGAAAUGGCUCAAAUGCAAAAAGAUCACCAGUCUGCAUUUAAAGAAUGUGAUGCUCCCGAAACGAAUCUGGAGACUAAUGAAGAAAAACUUUUCGAGGCAAGGAAGCAACUCUGUUAUAUACUUGCUCAAUACUACUCUGUGAAAAUAGAUGAAGACGAAGACAUCUCCGGAUUGCUGAACCAUCUUCUAUGCAGAGUUGAAGAAGAUAAAUCAAUUUGUAUUUUGUUAAAUGAGGAAAAGGCUAAACUACAAGAAGACCUGCAAGCUGUGUCUGAUGAGAGGAAUGAUCUAAAAACGUUUAUUGAAACUAAGGAAAGAAAACAGUUUGAUACACAAAAGCAAGUUUGUGAAAUACUGGAGCAGCACUACUUUGUGAAAAUAGCUGGGGAGGAAGACCUAUCUGUGUUGCUGAACCAUCUUCUGUCUAUCAUUCAGGAAGAAAAAAUGAGUUGCAAUGUGUUAAAGGAGGAAAAAAAUAAACACCAAAAUGAUCUGGUGACCGUGGUUCAAGAAAGGGAUGAUCUGAAGAGACGUAUUGAAACCCAUGAAAGUAAACUUUCUGAUGCACAGAAGAAUAUCUGUGAAAUGUUGGGGCAAAACUUCUCUGUCAACAUAGAUAAAGAAGAGGACAUAUCUGUACUGCUGAAGCAUCUCCUGUCAAGAGUUCAAGAAGAAAAACUGAUAUUAACAGAGCAGUUGGGGGAAAAAGAGAUGCAGCUUUUACAGCAAAAGCAGCAGGCUGACCUAAAUGAUGACAGGUACCUACAGACUUCCAGUCCAAAUAGAGCUCUAGCAGAUACAGAGAAUUUGCAAGGGGUCCAAAAUCAGCAAGGCGAAAUAACAGGGAACGUGGUGAGCCAAGAGCAUGAAGAACCUGCAGGUGAAAACGGUGCUCAAGAAACAGAUGACAUGAAAGGGCUCCAACAGAAGCUAAGUGAAAAAGAGAGCAUAAUAGCCCAUCUCAAGGAAGAAAUCUCCCAUUUACUGGAAUCCAAGCUAUCUACACUGAAUGAAAAGAUGAAGCAAAUAGAUUGUUUAGAAAAAGAAAGCAAAGAAAAAGAAGAACGUUUGAAUAAAUUCAAAGCUGUAGCUGUGAAAGCAAGGAAGGAACUGGACAAAAGCAAAAAAGAGACAUCCAGACUAACAGAAGAAUUGGAGGCUUUGAGAGCUGAAAGAGAUAAAAUGUCAGACUCCAUGAAGGCCAUCAUCCAUGGUGCAGAGGCCUAUAAGAAUCUUAUGAUUGAGUAUGACAAGCAAAAUGAGCUGUUGGAUAAAGAAAAAGAGAAACUGGUGGCAUCAGAAAAACUAGUUGGUGACUUGACCAAACGUCUGCAUGAAGUUGGUGAACAGCAUAAGCAACUUUCUUCUGAGAGAGAUGACAUGAUGGCCCAUACUGAGACUCUCCAAAGUAAUGUUAGACAGUUGGAGUCACAGGCUCUUGAGAUGCACAAACUCAAAUCUUUAAUGGAGAGAGACCUGGAGGCAGAAAGGCUUUUGAAAGAGCAAAUAACAAAGGAGCAUGCUUGUGCUGUGAAGGAAGUUGAGGAGCUCCAUAUUUUGCUACAGAAACAGAAACAACAGUUGCAGCAGUCAGAGCAAGAGCUGGAGCAGCUUAGGAAGGAUGCCCAGCAGAGCACCUUGUUGGACAUGGAGAUGGCAGAUUAUGAGCGGCUGGUCAAAAAUCUGAACCUGCAGCUUUCUGACAAGGACAGACUGCUAAAAGAGCUGGAAAGACAAACUCAGGCUCAGCGAGAGAGGGAGGAGAAUCUAAACCAGGAAAUAGAAUCAUUAAAGUCACUUGUGGACAUCGGAGAGGAAAAGACUGCAAAGGUUAAACAGCUGCUGGUGAAAACUAAGAAGGAUUUGGCAGAAGCCAAAAAGGCAGAAGCAUCUCAGAUGACUCUGCAGUCUUCUAUGAAAGGGGAAUUAGAGGAAAUUCAACAACAGCUGGAAAUUUACAAGAUUCAAUGUAGUGAACUGACUGCAGACCGGCACAGGCUUCAAGAGCAGCUAAAGUCAGUGAGCGAUCAAUAUCAGAAGUCGGUCACUUCCUACCAGUCCCAAGUAACCGCUUUACAGAAUGAUUUGAGCUCCACAAAGGCUGAAUUUGAGUCCACAAAGUCAGAGUUUGAGAGUUACAAGGUGCGAGUUCAUAAUGUGCUUAAGCAGCAGAAAAGUAAGAGCACUACUCAAGGCGAUAAUGAUUGUUCCAAACAGGACAGGGAGACAAUGGAGACCAUGGUGGACCAGUUAAGGUCCAAACUGCAAGAAAGUCAACUAAAUGCAAAGAGCUGCAAUGUCGAGCUGCAGCAGCUUCAGACGGAAUAUGACACACUUUUGGAGCGUCACAACAAAAUGUUGCAGCAGACUAUUACUAAAGAGGCUGAACUGAGAGAGAGGUUACUGUCACUGCAUUCAGAGAAUGUAGCGCUAAAGUCAGAGCACAGCCAAUCAGUGGCUCAGCUAACGGCACAAGCAGAAACAUUACGCAGUAGCUUCCGUGAGCAGCUGCACCACUUUCAGGAUGAACAUCGCAGCACAGUAGAGACCCUGCAGCACCAGAUUAACAGCCUGGAGACCCAGCUGUUCCAGCUGCAAAAAGAGACUGCAACCUCAGUUUCUCAGCAGCAGAGCAAGAAGCUACAGUCAGAGAAGAAACUUACAGAUCUUCCUUUGUUUGAGAUAAACAUGGCACGAGAGGAAGGUGAGGGAAUGGAGACAACAGAAACCGAGUCUAUCUCCACAGCAGGGACUCCUCCACCCAGUCUUGAGCAGCUCCUCACUUCACCUGACCCCAAACACGAACCGUUUGUGUGGCAGGUAGAGCCCACAAAGGAGGAGCUAACUAACCAACUGAAUACAGCUACACGCAGCAUGGAGCACAUGAACAGCCUGCUACAUGAGAGUGAAGCCACCAACGCCAUCCUCAUGGAGCAGAUCAAUCUCCUGAAGAGUGAGAUGCGUCGUCUGGAGCGAAAUCAGGAGCGAGAGAAAUCAGUUGCAAACCUGGAGUAUCUGAAAAAUGUGUUGCUGCAGUUUAUUUUUCUUCAUCCUGGCAGUGAGAAGCAGUCGCUGCUGCCUGUCAUACACACAAUGCUGCAACUCAGCCCAGAAGAGAAGAGUAAACUUUCUGCAAUUGCACAUGGUGAAGAAGAGGCUGCAGCGUCUAGAGGAUCCGGUUGGACUUCAUAUCUCCACAGUUGGUCUGGGAUCAGAUAAGAACUAAAAGCAUCACGUAUCCACAGAAUCCAUGAAUGUCUGUAAAGUGAAUGUCUUUUAAAGAUUUUAAAAUAAAUCUUUAAGAUUUUUUUUCUUGUGACAAUUGAGAGUAUGCAAUUGACUUGUGUAGCAAACUGAAAACUCACAUUUUUUGCACAUAUCUGUUAAUCAGCUUUCCCUGAUAUAUGUGAAGAUAACCCAAGUGAUUAAUAUGUAAUAUCCCUAAAGCCACAAUAGUUCAAAUAAAAAAUGUCAAGAGAUUAAAGAAUUAUGCUGAAAUGUUGAA